AUGUCUGAGGAGCUCAAAGCUUACCUGGAACGACACUUUGUACGACAAGCCGAAGUGACUCGCUCUUUGAAGGACUAUCUCCGUGACUGGGACAUUCAUCGCCUGCGUCUUCUCGAUAACCUCGACGCCCCUCGGCGCUGUCGCCAACCCGUGGGUGAUCCAAUUACCUCCGGGGAUAUUGUCCGAGUAUACCGUCCGGCUACGAAGCGGGCUAUGUCCUGGUCUUCUCGGUUGUACAAGGUCAUGGAAAUACGUGCCCAAAUUGCUCGAGUGCGUCCUGAGUGUGCCCAACUCGGCGAAUCAGAUGAGGUGCAGUAUGUCUUCAACCUCGCGAAGGUCACUGAUAUCGAUGGCGACGCCGUGGAUGACCGCUUUGUUGAUCCUCAGCCUGCGCACAGCGCGCAUCGAGCUGCUCGCAGAGCUGCUCGCAGAGCUGCUAAGCGGGAUGCUAUGGGGGGCGGAGAAUGCUGA